AUGAGCUCGGAGUUGCCGGUGAUGGUGUCCAGAAACGUGCUCCUCGAUAUCCUGGCCAGACUGUACAACCCGUCGCAUGCCUUCAUCUUCCCGGCUACAAGGGCGUGCAAGUCUAAGCCCCUGACGUUUGACAUCAUCAUCUGGACCACGGCGUUAGUUGUCGUCCAUUCGAAGCCGACCGUUGUGGAUCGCGAUGACAUCCGGGCUCAGCAUCUCGAUCAUUUCGUAGACCACCUUGCCGCUGGAGACAGUCCCGUAGAUCGAGCACGCUCUCAGCAGCAUAACUCGUUCUUAAAGCUCGCUCAGUCCAUCUACCUGGAUGGUACUCGCACUAGCGUUCAGAUCCGCGUUCUGACGCGCAGCGAGUUUUGUAGAGCUAUGCGCAGAAUCAUGCUGAGCAUGCUGCAUACACAACUGAAGUACAUAACCCAGCACACAUCCAAGAUGCAGCUCUCGGUGAGGGCCGAUAAGAACGGCGCCACACACAUCAACCAGACGGCUCACAGGGAAACGUUGUUGUUGACGGAGACCAGCGACAGCAUGGACAGCACUACGUUAGACCGUCGCAGUUACGGGACCUACGAGAGGGUCGCGCGCCCAACCUAUUCUGACCCUUAUGCUUUCCAUGCCGUCGCUGGUCACCGUCAACAACAAUAUUUCCCUGCUGAGCAUUACAAUCGCUCCAAGCACAUACACCUGAUUGGCCUGUACAACGGUGCCAACAUGGGUCUGUUCAAGACCGUUUUCGAGGUCAAAAACAUGCAGCUCUUCCUCAAAGACAAGGAGUCGAGCCUAAGAUCACUGCUCUUUCUCGUGAUCCGAGACCACCUUGGCACGACGCCCCUUGCGAACCUGCGCAACACCCUGGUCCAGGACCUGACCAAGAUCUGGUCCUCCAUCUCCAAGACCAAGACCGGCAACUGUCGAGCCUGA